GAUCAAGUCAUUAUGGCGACUGUAGUUGUGCAGCAGCCUCUCGGCAAGACUGGGAUGGAAGCUUGGAAUUCAGGAAUUUGUGACUGCGGCCAGGACUUGAAUUCUUGCUGCUAUGCGUACUGGUGCUUUCCUUGCUUUACCUGCACCACCACAGCGGAUUUUGGAGAGAGCACCUGUCUCCCUCUAUUGGAUAUACUAGGCCCAGCUCUCAUGGCCGCGUUUGGAAUUGGAGUAUGCGUUCCACCUGUGGGUCUGGCAAUGAGGGUGGCGGUGCGCUACAAGUAUCAAAUUGGGGGCAGUAUCUGUGAGGACAUCAUGGUGACUUGCUGUUGUAUGUGGUGUUCUUGGUGUCAGAUGAGUAGAGAAAUCAAAGCACGCAAAAAAGAUGUCAGAGUAUUGCAAAGAAAUCCUUUGAUGCAACCAGUUCCAAUGGGAGUCAACCCACAAGUUGUCACUAUGCAGCAGCCGACAGUGAUCUGCACCCCACCGGUAGGACCUGGUCCUGCAGUCCAGAUGGUACAAAUAAAGCCUGGUGUCCCGCCAGGUGCUAUGUAGAUGUUCACCUCAGGCCUGCCACAUGCAUCUCGCACUAGUAAUGUCAUAAGUGAUCCACAGUGUAAUAGCUAACCUGUUUAAUCAAUAUUAAUGAUUUUGUGUGAAUGGAAUGAAUUGGCCGCAUUUGGAAAAUAUAUUUUAUAUGUUUUUAUUUUUUCUUGUUUGA